AGGCAGGCGGAGCGGAUGAAAAGAUGGAGCAGGAGCUGUCUCACGUCUCCUCUCGGAAACAUCACGUCUACAGCUCAGGAGCUGCGUUUCAGUCCCUCUCAGAUUCGUUUAGUUCGUGAUCGGGCGGCUGCGCGGCGCUUCACUUUCCCCGUCUGUCCGUGAACGCAGCACGGGCUCAGCCUGUAUGUUUCCGUGGAUGGCGAGAGGGUUCUGUUGGAAAUAAAGGAGGUAAACACAUUUCCUGCGAGGUUCUACAUCUUCAUCUGGACUGCCAGGUCGCUCCUACAGGAUGGAUGAAGACAAUCACGUUCCGGAGGAUCUGUCUCUGGAGGAGAGGGAUGAGCUGUCCAGCAUCCGACGGAGGAAGAAAGAGCUGCUUGAUGACAUCGAGAGGUUAAAGUUCGAGAUCGCAGAAGUCAUGACAGAAAUUGAGCAACUGACGUGCGUCGGGGAAAGCAAAACCUCCCAGAGGAACAAACAGAUCGCUAUGGGGAGAAAGAAAUUCAACAUGGAUCCCAAAAAGGGGAUCCAGUUUCUGUUGGAGAACGACCUCCUGCAGCACACCCCUGAAGACAUCGCCCAGUUCCUCUACAAAGGCGAGGGCCUCAACAAGACGGUUAUUGGAGACUACCUAGGCGAGCGGGAUGACUUCAACAUCAAGGUGCUUCAGGCUUUCGUGGAGCUGCACGAGUUUGCAGACCUGAACCUCGUCCAAGCUCUACGGCAGUUCCUGUGGAGUUUCCGCUUGCCGGGUGAAGCCCAGAAGAUCGACCGUAUGAUGGAGGCGUUUGCCUCGCGCUACUGCCAGUGCAACCCUGGAGUGUUUCAGUCGACAGAUACAUGCUAUGUUUUGUCAUUCGCUAUCAUCAUGCUGAACACCAGCCUGCACAACCCUAAUGUCAGAGACAAGCCCCCCGUCGAGCGCUUUAUCUCCAUGAACAGGGGCAUCAACGGAGGAGGCGAUCUGCCAGAGGAGCUUCUCAGGAACCUUUACGACAGCAUCAAAAACGAACCCUUCAAAAUCCCGGAGGACGACGGGAACGAUCUGACGCACACCUUCUUCAACCCCGACAGAGAGGGAUGGCUCUUAAAGCUCGGCGGCCGAGUGAAAACGUGGAAGAGAAGGUGGUUCAUUCUGACCGACAACUGCCUCUAUUACUUCGAGUACACCACGGAUAAGGAGCCCCGCGGGAUUAUUCCCCUGGAAAACCUCAGUAUCAGAGAAGUGGACGAGCCGAGAAAACCCAACUGCUUUGAGCUCUACAACCCCAACCACAAAGGUCAGGUUAUCAAGGCCUGCAAGACGGAGGCGGACGGGCAGGUCGUCAAGGGCAACCACGUGGUGUACCGGAUAUCUGCGCCCACCCCGGAGGAGAAGGAGGAGUGGAUCAAAUCCAUCAUGGCGAGCAUCAGCAGGGAUCCUUUCUACGACAUGCUGGCCACCAGGAAGAGGAGGAUAGCCAACAAGAAAUGAUGACUGCAGACUGUCAGCCACAUUUGUCAGCAUCACCUCUGUGACUGUGGGGGUUUGACAGGAGGGAUUUGACUUUAGAUCGCCUGUGCUUCUGCCUGAAGGCCUUCUGCUCCUCGGUCCUUGUCUAAUGGGAACGUGGAAACCUCUUUUAUUUCCUCAACGGGAAGCAGAGAAGAAGAAGCUGUAAAAUAAAUCUUCACCAA